ACUGGGAAGAAGUCGGCAGGUCCUGGCAGGGGAGAGCCGUGGCCGUGACAACUCGGGGUAGAUAGGCGGCUUUAACGGGAUGGAGUCGCAAGUUGCGGAUGCCCAGGCGGGCGAGGCUGAGCGAGCUGUGGGCGAAGGCCCAGCAAGCAGCGGCGCCUCUCGGGGGCUUCAAGUCUCGGAGCCCUUGGGAGCCGCCCGGUGGAAGCUCCUGCGGCAGGUUCUGAAGCAAAAGCACCUGGAUGUUUGCCUGCGGCAUGUAUCUGUAAGAAGAUUUGAAUCAUUUAAUCUGUUUUCAGUAACAGAAGCCCAAAAAAAGGCAACUGAAGAGGAAGUUGGUGCUUGGGUCCAAUACACGAGUGUCUUCUAUCCUGAGUACAGUAUUUCCUUAAGGCAUAAUAAUGGAUCUUUGAAUGUUGAAGAUGUUCUUACCAGCUUUGAUAAUACAGGAAAUGUUUGCAUCUGGCCAUCUGAAGAGGUUUUGGCUUACUAUUGCCUCAAGCACAGAAAUGUAUUCAGGGACCUUGCUGUGUGUGAGCUAGGGGGUGGCAUGACAUGCUUGGCUGGGCUCAUGGUUGCUAUUUCUGCAGAUGUCAAAGAAGUUCUGUUAACUGAUGGGAAUGAAAAGGCCAUCAGAAACGUGAGCGACAUCAUCACAAGGAAUCAGAAGGCUGGCGCAUUUAAAACUCAGAAAAUAUCAAGCUGCGUUUUACGAUGGGAUAAUGAGACAGAUGUCUCUCAACUGGAAGGACAUUUUGACAUUGUUAUGUGUGCUGACUGCCUCUUUCUGGACCAGUACAGAGCCAGCCUUGUUGAUGCAAUAAAGAGAUUACUCCAGCCCAGAGGGAAAGCAAUGGUAUUCGCCCCACGCCGAGGGAGUACUUUAAACCAGUUUUGCAAUCUAGCUGAAAAAGCUGAUUUCUCUAUCCAAAGACAUGAAAAUUAUGAUGAACACAUUUCAAACUUCCACUCCAAGUUGAAAAAGGAAAACCAGGACGUCUAUGAAGAAAACCUUCAUUACCCACUUCUGCUUAUUUUAACCAAAAAUGGAUAGAAGAUUAAGCUGCUCAAAAGACGAAACCACCAAGUGCACAGGGCGUAUUUUCACAAAAACAGAAACCUGUGAUGGGUAUGCUAUGCAGCAAGCCGUUGGCUCCCUGAGAUCUGUGAGCCCCCACCAUCUCUGCCACAUUCCACAUGUGGGCUGUGGGGUCCACCUGUCCUCACUCACAUCAUUCCCCAGCCCUCCUGGACUCUCUUUUUUCAUCUGCUCUUCUUGGACCAAACCUUUGUUUGUCUUUAAAUAUCCACAAAACAGCCUGAGAUUUGAAUCGGACUUAGGAGAAAGCUGAAUCUUUUUCUUCCUAAUUGAGACAGAAUUUCUUUUGGUGAUUCCCACCCGCACCCCCCUUUUAAAAAAGGAUCUUGGUCUUUGUUCUGUUUUGGUGAUGGUACUUUUUAAUCUGUAAACACAGCAAACCUCAUGAUUCUUUCCUGAUUAAGAAAAUAAAUAAAUAAAGCAUAUCUUUCUCA